CGACCAGCCCCUCACCCCUCUCUCUUGCUAUGGCUUCGCUUAACCCAGGGAUUCUCCUAAAGCUCCUCCAGUCCAUGAACUCUGCAACGCGCGUCACCGGCGACCAUCGAUCUGCCCUCCUCCAAGUAAUUGGUAUUGUCCCAGCUCUUGCCGGCUCCGACCUCUGGCCCAACCAUGGUUUCUACGUUCAACUCUCCGAUUCCCUCAACUCCACUUACGUCUCCCUCUCCGAGCGCGACACUGAAUUAAUCCUCUCCAACCGCCUCCAGCUGGGCCAGUUCGUCUACGUAGAUCGCUUCCACUUUGACUCUCCCGUGCCACGUGUCUCCGGCAUACGCCCCAUUGCAGGUCGUCAUCCUUUCGUUGGCUCCCCUGACCCUCUAAUCGCCCGAAUUUCGUCUUCCAAAAGGGAUUUCGUUAUACAACCCGUUUCCGAAUCCGAAUACUCCAUGGAUCCCAUUGCUGUUUACUUGUCUAAUAAGAAAUUUGAUCAACAACAAACUUCAACUGAAAACAAGGAUUCAAUAACUGAAAAUUCAAAAGGAAGGCAACCUCUUGCUCCUAAAGGUAAUGUUAGAGUUAAUGAGAAUUUGGAGUGCGAAUUCAAGGUUUCAGAAAAGCUUCCACAGAGGUUUUCGUCACCGGCCACCGCCAAACGUUCUGGUUCAGCUGUUAAGAAGACCAAUGUGGCGGUUGUGCAAAGAGAUCCAUCUCCGGCGGGGAAAGGUAAGAGAUCUGCGUCUCCUGUACCAUCAAAAUGCGUGGUGCCAAGCUUGGUAGCAGCCAAGGAAGAGAAUAGGAAAGUGGCGAGAGAGUCGGCCAUCAUAGUACCGUCGAGGUAUAGGCAACCUUCGCCUAACGGAAGGAAGCAGGCAUCACCAAGUGCUCGAAGAGCCUCACUUUCUCCAGGGAGGAGGUUAUCAGGGUCAUUUAAGGUUUCGCCGGCUGUUGGGGAUUCGAAGAAGAAGAUGGCAACUAUUGUUGCUGGGAUUUCAAAGGUGUCCGAAGCUUUGGUGGGGUCGACAAAGAGUAGUAGGAAGGGCUGGGAUGAGCAGCUGGAGAAAGGUUCAGGAGAGCACAAGGAGAAAGCUUCUGUCAAGUCUAAACCGGAUCUGCAAGCAAUUUUGCGGACUCAGGCGGCCAUUUCAAGACGUUUAAGUGAUGUACAUAGUCAGAAAUCCAAUGACGAACAUUCUUCCAGCACCGAGAAAACAAAUGCCAGCCCACCCGAAGAUGGUUCGGCCCCAGAGAAACCAACAUGUGCUAGUGGGGCAGCGGGAAUCACCCUCCAUGAAAAGAAAUGGACUGAUGGCAGUGUUCCAUGGGAUACCAUUUCUGCUAACCUUGCAAAGCUUGGAAAGGAGGCUAUGCAAAGGAGAGUUCUUGCCUCCAAAGCUGCAGCAGAGGCAUUGGAAGAGGCCAUUGCUACCGAGUCUGUUAUCAGGAAUUUAAGCAUGUUUUCUGAACUCUCCUCUAAAUCGAAGGCUGGAAAUCCUUUGCCCACCAUUGACAAAUUUUUAUUGAUCUACGAAGAUGUUGUGGAGUAUACUGGAAUUGCUGAGACUGUUGCAGCAAGCCACAACUCUGACACUGAAAAUUCCUUUGUGGAACACUCGAAAUCUUCUCUAUGGGUUGAAGCUGCACUGGCUACUGAUCUUGAGAUAGUCUCCCUUCUAAGCCCCCAAAACAAUGAAUCUCCAUCACCUCUGCAGAGGAGUUUGUCCAAAGUGCAACCUCAUCAUGCUUCACCCAUAAACCAACUCAAAGCUGAUUCAUUGCCAAAGCAGGAACCUACUGCUACAAUGUGGGCCAGGGGUCAGGGAAUGAAAGAGACGGUGUGUUUUGCACUGAACUUGAAGUCCGAGAUGGAAGUAUGGUUUCUUCGGUUCAUUGAGGAGUCCUUGGAUGCCGGUUUCCGGAUUCUCGGAGAGAGUGCAUCUGGUGGUAGUAAAGCAUUACCGUUGGACUGUGGCUCCAUUGCAGGCGUCUUAUCACAGUUGAAACGGGUCAAUGAUUGGUUAGAUAGGGCAGUAUCGAACGGGGAUGAGGCCUUGAUAGAAAAGGUUGGGAAGUUGAAGAGGAAAAUCUAUGGCUUUGUCAUUCAGCAUGUUGGAACCACUUUUGACAGUUCCUCCAAACUUUCUUCGUCUUGAUUAUUGGUCAGCCAUGUUUUUAAAACUAUAGCGUUUUUUUUUAAGUUACUCUGUUUCUGUAUGAAG